AGACACGAUACUCGGGGAAAACCGAACGGUUAAACUCUGUUUUACUACAAAAAGGAGAAUAACUCUAGAGGGGAUUGUCAAGCAACAUGGAGAAUAACUCAAGGAUAGAUCCGAAUUACAAAAAGGAAAUAUAUCAAGCAACAUGGAGAAGAACUCUAGAGGGGAUUGUCAAGCUAUAAGCCUCCGAAGUGGAAAGGAAGUUAAAAUGUCCAAAACUCAACAAUCGGAAGGUCCAAAGGAGGAUGAACAACAAGCGAACCGCCCAUGUGAGAGUCCAAAGGAAACAAAGAAGAAUGAAGUCCAAGAAAAGACUAUGUCGGAGAAUGAAGUGGAGGCUCAACCUAAAAGCAAGGAGCCAAUCAAAGCAAACACUCCACCUAUCUCUUUUCCGGCCCGGAUGACAAGAAAGAUUGAUAAUGAUCAAUUUGGGAAGUUCUUGGCACCCUUCAUCCCCUGAAAAAAGCCCUCUAAACCUAAACUUAGACCGGUUCCCGUUGCAUCCAAUGAUCCUAUGAAAAUGGUCUCUUUCGUCAAGGACCAACUCUAUCUUAUGGAGAUGACCAUACUGCGACAAUUUGAAUCUCUUUCAAAGUCUAUUGCUGGCUUGGCAGGACGCGUGGACCAUCUGCCUGAAUCCCAUGGUACUAUUCGAAAUGAUUUUCAAAUAUUCAAGGGAGAGGUAUUUGGGAAGCUUGAAGAAUUUGCUUUUAAUGUGCUUAGGAUGAUUGUUUCAUCAUCUGAUGAAGAGUGAUUGAAAAAUUUCACUUAUCUGUCUGGGAUGGGGGUACAUUAUUACAUUUUUUGCUCACUAUCACACUUAACUGUUUUAGGCACUGUUUUGAUUCUUCUUAUUUCCUUUUGUUUGAUGACAAAAGGGGGAAAUAUUAGGCGCCUCUUUUUGAUUUGAUGCUACUCUACAAAUGGCUACUCCCUCCGUCCCAUUUAAAGGGAUCAGUUAACUUUAUGGUCAGUCAAACGUCGUAAACCAUGUGGGAACGUUUAAAUGGGACGGAGGGAGUACUAUUUCUGGUUACUAAUCUACAGGGAAAAUCUAUAUGGCACCUAAUGUGUGUCAUCAACAAAAAGAGGGAAUUUGUUGAAUGUAUUAUUUUGUUGAUGACUGGCCCUGCAUGAACAAAGGAUAGAAUUGCCCUAAGGUUCAAAUAUACAUCAUUAUUUUGUUAAUGACUAACCAUGCAGGUGAAACGGCAGACACAACCGUCCACAGUUCCUUAAGGAACAGAGAACAGAACUUUCAUAGUUCUGUGUAGAUGAUUGGCUUGAUUAAAUAUGCUUGCACCUAAUUGUCUAUUAAGUUAUUAUGGCAUGCUUAUACGGUUGUUGAAUUAAAUGAUGAAAUACCUUGCCUAUGUGCUCACUUGUUUUAAUAGGCCAAUUAUUUAGUCUAGACUAUUUUAAGCAAUGAUCUUUUCCUGCAUGACUAUUUUAUAAGUGAAGCAUGACUCAUUUAAUCACCUUCCAUGCAUGAUUAGAUACACAUCCAAUAAUUGACUUGUUACACAUAGCUUGACAUUUUAUGGAAAGGAUCUCCGACUGCUUCACAUGAUUCCAUGACUUAAUGUGUGAAUAAAUCAUUGCGUGCUUAUAUAUAUUAAGUAAAUAAUUUUGCUUCCCCUAAUAUACGAUGGUGUGUGUGUGUGUGUAUACACACACAUUUGUGAGAAAUCAUCUUUGUUUGAAAUAUGUUCCAUAUACGUAUGCAUGAGUCUGUUACACUUAAAAGGAAGAAUCUCCAUAAAAAAGAAAGGACAUUCAAAUCAUAACAAGGCAAGUCCUACGCUUGGUAACUUGGCCAUCCAAGGAGAAAAAGUCUCAACGGAUCGGAUCUACACCAAGCAACUAUAUAUAUCGAAGAUCAAAAUGAAGAAUGUGUGCUUGACCGAGAAAACUAUUGAGAGACAUACUCAUCAAAGAACUACCGGAGUCCAAGGCACCUGAAACUGCUCACAUAGAGUUCUAGAUAUAGUUCCUACUUUUCCUUCUUCCUUUUUGUAAUGGGGUUUUGAGGCUUGGCUAACUGUAGCAUCCUCGGGUUGGUAAGUGUGUGAUGAGAGUUUUGUUGUAAAGCUGAGUGGCUCUCUACUCGCAAAGGUAGAGAAGCAUAACUCUUCCUAGAGAGGAUAGAGUUGGAGUGGCUCAAGGGUAAACUAGGAGAAUUUCUCUUGUAACCAUUCAAAGCUUUUUAGUGAAGUUAUUAAAAUUCCUCCGGGGGAGGUCGACGUUUUAAUCCC